AUGUCAACCCUUAAGAUCACUAAAAAGCACCACAGACAUCUAAACAACCCUUUCCCUUCCACACCAACAUCUCUCCCCUUCAUUCAAGGUAAUCUCUUCAUCAAUUCCCAAACACUACCUCCCAACCAAAAUUCCCCUCUUGGCAAGGAUUUUCAGCUUCUUUGGAGCACCCAAAGUGGUGGGUAUCUCUCAAUUUCUCACCUUUCACACCCUUCAAAGUCAUUAUGGUCCACUAUCCCUGGACAAGCAUUUAUAUCAGCAGCCAUGGCUGAAACAGAGGUGGAAGAAAGCAGGGGAUCUUUUGCUAUCAAAGAUAGAGAUGUUCACCUGGUUUGUGAUCAUCAGAGUAUUGAAAAUAUUAUUUUGAUCAAUCAAUUUGAUGACUUUCAACUUGAUUAUUUGGAUUUAGAUCACCUUAAAACGAAUUCCAAAUUUGCGGAUUCCCCUGUUUUGAUUAUAACAGGGCAUAUUUUCAGCAAAAGGACAAAGAAAUGGCUUCAAAGUUCAAGCAUUUAUAGGUCUGCUUCAGCAAGGUAUUGGGUUUUGUUUGAUCAAAAGGAAAAUAACCAAAUUGGAUUCAAAGUCAAAAUUGGACAACCAAAAUUUCAGCUUCAUCAUCACCCUAAAGCUUCACCUUCAACAUCAUUAGGAAGGUACCGCCGUUUAAGGAGGAAACUAAGGCGGCAACGAAAAUGGAAACUUGGAUGGUGCUGGUUCCUUACAAGGACAAAAGGGUUGUCCAUAAAUUCUUCAUCAGAGGAGGAACUAGGAGAAUCCAAUGUUGUAGAAACUGCCUUAGAAUUCAAUAGGGUUUGUUUAACCUAUGCAAGUGAAAGAAACGAGAGAUUUUUUGGUUUUGGUGAGCAAUUUUCUCACAUGGAUUUUAAGGGUAAAAGGGUACCUAUUUUUGUUCAAGAACAAGGUAUUGGAAGAGGAGAUCAACCUAUUACUUUUGCUGCUAACUUGGUUAGCUAUAGAGCUGGUGGAGACUGGAGCACUACUUAUGCUCCUUCACCUUUCUAUAUGACAUCCAAAAUGAGGUCUCUUUACUUGGAAGGAUACAACUAUUCUGUAUUCGAUCUUACUCAACAUGAUAGGGUCCAAUUACAGAUACAUGGAAAUGCAAUGCAAGGGAGGAUACUACAUGGAAACUCGCCUUUGGAGAUCAUUGAACACUUCACGGAAGCCAUUGGAAGGCCUCCCGAGCUUCCUGAAUGGGUGAUAUCUGGUGCAGUAGUUGGCAUGCAAGGGGGUACAGAAACUGUACGCCGUGUUUGGGAUAAACUGAGAACUUUUAAGGUUCCCAUUUCAGCAUUUUGGUUGCAGGAUUGGGUGGGGCAAAGGGAAACCUUUAUCGGAUCACAAUUAUGGUGGAACUGGGAAGUGGAUGUAACAAGGUAUCCUGGAUGGCAACAGUUGGUUAAAGAUCUUAGCAAACACUACAUCAAAGUGAUGACAUACUGCAAUCCUUGUUUAGCACUGAUGGAUGAGAAGCCAAACAAAAGGCGAAAUCUCUUUGAGGAAGCGAAAGAGCUAGACAUUUUGGUGAAAGAUGAUCGUGGAGAACCAUACAUGGUUCCAAAUACAGCGUUUGAUGUAGGAAUGCUGGACUUGACACACCCACUCACUGCAAAUUGGUUCAAGCAAAUUUUACAGGAAAUGGUGGAUGAUGGAGUUCGAGGAUGGAUGGCUGAUUUUGGUGAAGGUCUGCCUGUGGAUGCUGUACUUUAUUCAGGUGAAGAUCCUAUUGCUGCUCAUAACAGAUAUCCAGAACUAUGGGCUCAAAUAAAUCGAGAAUUUGUGGAAGAAUGGAAAAGUCAUUGCACGGGAAAGGAAAGAGAAGAUCCCCAAGAGGACUUGGUCUUCUUCAUGAGGGCUGGUUUCAGGGAUAGUCCAAAAUGGGGAAUGCUGUUUUGGGAAGGGGACCAAAUGGUAAGCUGGCAAGCUAAUGAUGGUAUAAAGAGUUCUGUUGUUGCCCUAUUGAGCAGUGGACUUUCCGGUUAUGCUUUUAACCAUAGUGAUAUCGGAGGCUAUUGUACCAUGAACUUACCUUUUAUUAGGUACUGUCGAACUGAAGAGUUGCUUUUGAGAUGGAUGGAGCUAAAUGCAUUCACCAUAGUUUUCCGUACUCAUGAGGGAAACAAGCCUUGGUGCAACAGUCAAUUUUACUCCAAUGACAAAACGUUAUCACAUUUUGCACGCUUUGCUAAAGUGUACAAAGCUUGGAAGUUUUACAGAGUCGAACUCGUAAAGGAAGCCGCUCGAAAGGGAUCACCUGUCUGCCGUCACCUAUUUCUUCACUACCCAAAUGACGAGAGGGUUCAAAGCUUAAGUUACGAGCAGUUCUUGGUAGGCAGUGAGAUCCUAGUGGUUCCUGUUCUUCACAAAGGUAAGAAAAAUGUCGAAGUUCAUUUCCCAGUAGGAGAAACUUGUAGUUGGCAACAUAUUUGGACCGGAAAAUCAUACCAAAAACAAGGUUGUCAAGCUUGGGUUGAAGCUCCAUUAGGCUAUCCUGCUGUAUUUGUUAAGGUUGGCUCUAUAGUCGGAGAAACUUUUCUAAGAAACCUGAAAAAUUUUGAUAUUUUGUAAGCCGCUGUUGAAACUCGUUGUAAUUUGUAUAUAUAUGCCGUCUAUUUUCAUUCUAUAAAUUCAAAACAAAGAAAAAGCAUAAAUGUAAACCCCAAUGGCAUAUUCUUUAAGUGGGGUCAAUUUACACGAAAUGGAAAUAAACAAUCCAGGUUAUUCAUUUAA